AAUUUUCUGGGCCUAGACCCGAUUUCAAGGUCAAUGUAGACCCGAUUACCCGCUUCUGGAAAUACCCAACUUGAACCGGUUCCGUGGGAAUUCGACGUUCAUCUCUCUCUCUCUCUCUCUUGGGGAAGCUUUCGUUCAGAUUUUGGUAGAAUGGUGAUGGGUUCAUCGAAAGGUAGAGUGAAAGCAUGGUUCAAUAAGAAAAUCACCGAUCCUCUUCUCCAGAUCUUGCGUAGAGGUACUGAGCCUAAGCAACUUGCUUUCUCCGCAGCACUCGGCAUUACCUUGGGAAUAUUUCCAAUUUGCGGUGUUCCUGUGUUUCUAUGUGGAGUAGCUAUUGCAUUUCUUGGAUCUGCUUGUCAUGCUCCAACCGUCAUGUUGGCUAACAUCAUUGCCACUCCAGUAGAACUAGCUCUGGUGGUGCCUUUCCUACGACUUGGUGAAAAAGUCACCGGUGGUCCUCAUUUUCCUUUGACAUCAGAUGCCCUUAAGAAGGUUUUCACUGGCCAAGCCUCCCAGGAAGUCUUUUUAAGCAUUGGUAAUGCGUUACUAGGGUGGCUUGUAGCAACUCCAUUUUUCUUUAUUGCGCUAUACGUUGUGUUGAUGCCAUGUUUCAAAAUCCUGGUCCGUAAGUUUGGCGCCGUUGCUUCAACCCCAAAGACACCUACAAGUAUUGACAUAGAGCUCAAUCCAAAGCCAAGAUUCGCUUGAAUUCAACAAACCUCAUUGUUCUGCUAUCAACAUGAAACCCUUGAAGUGUAACACUAAUGUAUAGGGUAUACACAGCUUGCAUUGUCAGAUCUUUACCCUAUUUGUUUAAAACCUCCUUUCUUAAACGUCAUUAACCGGAUAUAUUGGUGAUUACAUAUGGAAUCAAACAUAAGCAUAAAGUAUAUUUGUAUGGUUAUUUUUUUGUA